AAUGAUAAUAAUAAGGCCUUCGGGGUUGGUGAUCCCGUGUAACUGAUGGUCAACACUCAUGAUCACUGACGUCACUAUCCAAGGCCGAGAAUAAUCGGAGAAAGCUGACACGGACUCUAUCUUUCCCUCUAUUUACGCACUCCUUGUAUCUGGAAGCUGGUGUUGAUAAUGGCAGUAUCUGGGAACUACUACUUUGCUAUCGUUGGUCACCAUGACAACCCAGUGUUUGAGAUGGAGUUUACCCCUGCCAAUAAGGAGCCCAAGAAGGAAGAUCACAGGCAUCUCAACCAAUUCAUUGCUCAUGCAGCCCUGGAUCUAGUGGACGAGAGCAUGUGGACCACAUCAAGCAUGUAUCUUAAACUGGUUGACAAGUUCAAUGAAUGGUAUGUGUCUGCUUUUGUAACUGCCGGGAGGAUAAGACUCAUCUGUCUCCAUGAUGUGAAAAAUGAUGAUGGAAUUAAAAAUUUCUUUAUGGAAAUGUAUGAAACAUAUAUAAAGCACUCCAUGAACCCUUUCUACACUCCAAAUAGCCCCAUCAAGUCUGCAGCAUUUGAAAAGAAGGCACACUUUUAUGGAAGAAAAUACUUAACUGGCUAAAAAUACUUUAUUGUGUUACAUGCAUAAUAAAUAAAGGAAAGCAAUUCUCUUUUAAGCAUUUAAGGAUAUUUGAAAAACCUAUGAAGUAGUAAUUAUAAAUAUUUUUCUAAACCUUGUUUGGUUAUCACUUAAAUAAAACAUUCAAUUUUUUCUGGCACAAAAACAAACAUGGUGCAAGAAUCGGGACUAACUCAACAGAAUAUAUAAAUUUGAAAAAUUGGAAAAAGGAAACCAUUAAAAGGUUUGAAAUACAAGCAGUAAAAGUGAAUAACAUAAGAAGAGAAUAUUAAGAGGAGGAAUGUACAGAGAUGGCAAGCUUUUUAGAAGACUUGUAGGGGGUGUAAAAAUAAGUUUGUAGCCAAAGAGCAUAACUAUCAUAAGUUUGAAAAAAAAGGUAGACAUUCUGAACUACUUUAGUGGUAGUGUCCAUGGGUAACUUGGGCCAACUGUUCUACUGUUUUCUAUAUAUUACCUGGGAACCAUUGCAUUGCACUUCAUUAUGUACAGAAUUAAAGUUAGUUUUACUCAGCCUUUUGAAAUAGAGCCAGACUUUUAAUGGUUCCUUAAUCAUACAAUGUCUCAUUCAUUGUGAAAUUUGUUGUAUGAAGUUAAACUCAUGACAAAAUAUUCUACUGAAGUAAAUGUAUUUUGUGAAUGAAUAAAUGUUCAUCUGUAUUUUGUUAAGAGCAAAUUUAACUGCAUGCAUACACACCUCCAUGUCAAUAAAAGAGCAUCUGUCUGUCUGUCUGUCCAAGGUUGGAGGCCAGAUGCUUGGGGCUAGCCUCGCCCAACUUUGCAAGAUGACACAUGGAGAGUAUGGGAGUGUCAAAAGCCAGUAGGGGUCAGGUCCAGUGCCACACAUUUAGAAAUAUCGGCAUCUGUAGCAACCCCACUACGAUUUUCAUGAAGUCGAGUGUGAAAUUGUUGAUUUUUUUAUCAUGGAGUUAUUUAGCAUUUUUUUCGGUGUUUCAUUAUACCUGUUCAGUAUAUUGUAUUAAUAUAAGGUAAAUUUACCAUCACAGUUUUUCAGCAUGGAGUUAUUUAGCAGUUUUUUUGGUGCUUCAUUAUACAGUAUAUUAAUAUAAGAUAAAUUUACCAUCACAGUUUUACAGCAAAGAUAUAUUUCCCAAUAAUUCUAUCAAGGAUCAAGCCAUAUUUCUCAAUCUUUGGGCAAUAAUGUUUGUGUUUAAAUGUGAUGUAAUACACUUUGUCAAGCUAAAUAAAAUUUGAAUAUUCUGUUUAAUAUUUUGAAAGCUAUUAAUAUAUACAGUAUACAUAUAAAUAUGAUUUUUUUUGUGUAUUUUGUCUUUUAAAGUGACUUCAUUAGGUUAGAGUUCUAAGAGUCAAACAGAAAAACAAAAUUAGAUUAGAGAAUACUUUUAGAAUUCUUGCAGUCUGUAAAUUUUUGUAUUAUCUUCAAAAUUCAUUGAUAAAGUUCUUAAAGAUUAAAUUUUUGUUAUUGUAAUUAAUAAAGUACUAGUAUUAUUCUUUAUUUGCAUGUUGUGUUAUUAAACAGGGUGUAAAUGAUGCUCUGGAAUCUGUUAGUCAGUUAUAUUUCUGAUUAUCUGAUUCUGUUUUUGUGGUUAUCUUAGGAAGUAUCCAAAAACUCACUCCAAAAAAUUUAAAAUACUGUACCAUUAUAUAGCUUUCAAAUUUAUAUUUUUAUCUGCCAUUAUGAUGCUAUAGUGGCAGCGAGAAACCUAAAAGAAUGGAAAUUUCAUGGGGGGUAGGGGAACAGGCUUAAGUGAUUCACAUGAUUGACAUUCCACAUAUUUUCAACAUGCUUUCAUAUUUAUAUUAAAUAAAAUAUUGUUGUGCUUAGUGUAAAUAAUAUCUAAUGUAUGAAAUUAUUAAAUAAAUUAUUAAAGUACUAUUAAAAA